AAUUUUAGUUUGAACUUCAUCACGACAGAGGUCGCUCUAAUUUUCUGACAGUUAACCUCAAAAAUCAGCUGUUGGUUGUUUAUUGUUUAUAUUUUGUUGUUCCUAAUGUGCACAGGGUGUUUAACAUUUAAUCACCAAUGAACCCGGAAACAUUAAAAAAAAGGUUGUCGAACAUCCGCUACAUUGACCGAAGGACUUCCGACAAUGAAGUAAAUUUAAAAACGUUUUUCGAGGCCAUUGUCCACAACUCGCCCUUAGAAGUAAACAGGGGGCACAUGGAAUCCAUCCUCACCAACGAUUUAAACGUUAAAACCGAAGAGCUCAACACAAAACUUGUUAGCGUACUAUGCGAAGCCCUAGUCUACUAUAUGAGCGUGUGGCCCGGCUGGCAGAGGAAUAGCGAGUGUCGUGGUCUCGAACUGCAGCGUAAGGAGUGGCUGGAACGGUUACGACAGUAUCUCAUUUUUAAGAGCCAGUUCAUCGUGAAGAACUCGGCAAAGUUCGAGGGGAAAAAGGCCGUGUGUGAUCAGGGGACGCAGACCGACGGCGAGAAGGUGUUGGCACCUUAUUCUUUGGUCAUCGGCGGUCCCCCUACUUUCAUAAAUAACAUUGCGUGCAAUGGACAUAACGGAGGUCUAAUCAUAGUGAAACAUCCGGAAAAGGCGUGGCAACCGCUGCGCCUUUGUCAAUUUUUAAAUUGGCCCAACGUCGACGUUCAGGUAACUUUGCCUGAUAUUUCGCUGACAAGGUCGAACGUGCAUCAGGUUCAUCGUUUCAUUGCGUUAAAGGGGGUAAAGCCACCGUACCCGGACACGCCCCACAUCGUUCACAUUACGAAACUCUCCAAGGAAAAGGAGUUUCAACCGUAUUCCUAUCUCUAUUUUUUCCAUUAUUUUCAUCAGUUAAAUGUCGUUCUUAGGCGGUUAAAGCCAAAUGUAAAAGAGCAUCGCUUGAGAGAGCUCUCCGCUAUCUUCGCGGAAUUUUUGAAGGACAUCAGGGAAGUGGGGGUUUACGAUGUGACAAUGUCGCCAGACGCAAGUGUGGGAUUUAACAUCGGAAAGUGUCAAUAUACCAGAACCAAACGGUUACACACCAUUCCGGAUACCAACAGCAACGAAUCGACUAGUUAUAAUGAAAUUAUCGUACCUCAAGUUGAUAUUGCUUUGCACUAUUUCAACGCUGUACAAGAUUGCAGAGUUUAUAGUAAGACGGUCACUUUCAAAAGCCUAAAUUCGUUGUCAACAACAAUCAGUCAACGUCCAAAUAAAGAGUGGGACCAUUUUGUGAAAGUGGUAAAUAAUUCCUGUAUUAUUUACAAAUGCCUUCAGUGCAAGCUACGUUUCAUUGGACCUGAUGCGUAUCGUUCCGCCGUUGGCCACUUUCGUGAACGGCAUAAAUCUGAACAGACUGUCACGUGCCAAAAGUGUCGUGCACAAUUUGAAAUUGAAGUUUUGUCCAAAGAUCGAUGGUCUCAUAAGUGUGUCUCCUCAUAAUUCUUAUUUUUUUACUAUGUUCAUAACGUCUGUAUCUUUAUCAUAAUUAAAAAGACAUGGCACCUGAUGAUGGUGGA